AUGGUCUGUCAGGACCCCAGGACUCUGGAGGCUUAUGGGGAGGUGGGUGCUGCUCAGGGUCCAGGGCAAAUCUCUCACAGGGACUCUCUUCCAGGGCUGAGUGUGGGCCUCAGGACCCAAGUGCAGGCAGGGACCCUCCCCAAACCCACCUUCUGGGCUGAGCCAGGCCCUGUGAUCCCUUCUGGGAGCCCCGUGAUCAUCUGGUGUCAGGGGACCCCAGGGGCUGAGGAGUACCGUCUGGAUAAAGAGGGAAGCACAGCACCAUGGAAAAGAGAGAAGCCACUGAAGCCUGGGGACAAGGUGAUGUUCUCCAUCCCACACAUGACAGAGCUUAAUGUUGGGAUAUUUCGCUGUUACUCUCUCAGUCCUAAGGGCUGGUCAGAGCCCAGUGACCCCCUGGAGCUGGUGAGGGGCCAGAUCAUGGCCUCUGGACAGAGCCUGACCCUCCAGUGUCGCUCUGAUGUCGGCUAUGACAGAUUCGCUCUGCACAAGGAGGGGGGACAGGACCUCUCCCAGAGCCUCGUCCUGCAGCCCCAGGCUGGGGUCUCUCAGGCCCACUUCCCCCUGGACAUUACCAAUGGCUCCCACGGGGGCCGGUACAGAUGCUACGGUGGAUACAACCUCUCCUCUGAGUGGUCGGCCCCCAGUGACCCCCUGGACAUCCUGGUGGCAGGAUGGCUGCCUGACAGACCCUCCCUCUCGGUGCAGCCAGGCCCCAGGGUGGCCUCAGGAGAGAAUGUGACCUUGCAGUGUCAGUCACAGAGCCCGAGGGGCACGUUCAUUCUGUCCAAGGAGGGGGCAGCCGAUCCCCCCCUGCGUCUGAGAUCAGAGAACCGAGCUCAGCAGUUCCAGGCGGAGUUCUCCAUGAGGCCUGUGACCUCAGCCCACGGGGGCACCUACAGGUGCUACAGCUCACACAGCACCUCCCCCUUCCUGCUGUCACUCCCCAGUGAGCCCCUGGAGCUCCUGGUCUCAGCCUCCCACUCCCAAGACUACACCCUGGAGAAUUCCAUCCGGAUGGGCGUGGCUGGAUUGGUCCUGUUGGCCCUUGGGGUGCUGCUCUUUUGGUCUCGAAACAGCCAGAAACAGACCCAGGAUGCAGCCAGGACAUGAACAUGGAGGGAACAAUGCACAGUUCAGAGAGGAGGAUCUUGGGAAGGUUCUGGAAGAUUACGUGGGACAUAUGCUGAGGGACCUGUCUGCAGCUCCUUGCAGGUGGAGGAGUCAUUGCUCAUGUGCAGGGACAAGGUCUGGACCUUCUGCCCUUGAACUGUGGUCCUUUCCCUCCCGACCCCUGUGAGUCCUAUGACUGGUUCCUGACUUUCCCCAUUUUGGUGAAAUUAGCAUUUAUCCCAGGUGGCAGGUUCAGGUCCGACCUCCCUACACUUGCAUGGAAUAUGUUUUCCUUUAUUUCUAACCACAUGAACCUUCAUGUCUGUAUGGAGUCCCCAUCUCCUGAGUCCAGAGCAUGCAAUCUAUUGUAAUCGGUCUACAAGGUGCACAAUUCAUCCUGCAAGAGGUAAACCCACAGGAGGUUCUAACGCCCUCUCUGGACUCCACACAGCCUUCCCCUGUCCUCCAAGGCCACCUGUGCACUUUCUGAAGAAACCUCACCCCUUGGGUUGAAGGCCUGGUUAUUUAAAGGGGUUUCCAGGUUUGCAUUGCUUCUGAAA